CGUGAAAUUCUUUGCUUUGAUGAUGAUUAUAUUGUUUAAUAAAAAAAGUUGUGUGUUGUAUAACAACUCGCGAUCCAAAACCAUUAAAAAAAAGUGUUCUGAGGAUAUACUGUGGAUUAUCACUACCACAGUUUAUACGCAAGGGGUGUCAAAUGAUCCGGUUGGUUCCUGAAAUUCUAGCAUUUUUGAUCAGUGAUAAUAUGUGUAAAAACAUUUGUUAAGUAAACAACUUAAGGUUGGUUGUCAUGUUGCUAGAUUGGAACAACGCAAGGUUUUUUUAUGUUCAUUCUAUCACCACAGAAAUCAGAAACAAACCCGGUUAUUAGAGUCCGAUCUGGUGUUUAGGUAUCGGUUCCGUAAUCGGGUAUCUUAAUAUAUUACCAUAUAUAGCAUCUCAAAGUUCUCCUCAAGGGUGAAGACAGGAUUUACAAAUGGCGGAUGAGAACAGUAAUAGAGAAGGGUUAUUGUCGAAGACUGAGAAAGAUAUUUUGUAUUAUGAGGAUUGUCCAGGUUGCAGAAUUGAUCACCGGAAAGAAACUAAUUUAGGAGCACCUUAUAAAGAAUUAGUCUAUAUUUGGAUUGUCGCAUUAUGUGCUGGUCUUCCCAUUUCAUCUUUGUAUCCGUACCUAUACUUUCUGGUAAGAGACUUCAAUGUCGCCAAAAGGGCUGAAGAUAUUGGAUACUAUGCAGGAUGUGUAGGAUCUGCUUACAUGCUUGGAAGAGGUUUAACUGCUGUGCUAUGGGGAGCUUUAGCUGACCGAUACGGUCGAAAACCAAUUAUACUCUUCUGUUGUACAACAAUGAUUAUAUUCACCACAUUGUUUGGUCUCAGUACCAACUUUUGGAUGGCAGUUUCUAUGAGAUUGCUUCUUGGAGCCUUCAGUGGUAUAUUUGGUCCAGUUCAGGCUUAUGCUACGGAAGUUUGCCGAAAAGAACACCAAACAUUGGCACUUUCAUUUACUAGUUCAGCAUGGGCAAUAGGGAUGAUAAUUGGUCCUGCUAUUGGAGGUUUCCUUGCUCAGCCUGCAGAGAAAUAUCCGAAUGUAUUUACAAAGGAUUCUCUAUUUGCAAGAUUUCCAUACUUCUUACCCUGUCUCUGCAUAUCUGUAUGGACAACAGCUGCCACUAUUGCCUGUUUAUGGCUUCCGGAAACAUUGCACAAGCAUAAGGCAAUCAAUGAGGAAUCUCAUGGGACCGGUAUCACUGAAAAGACCCAAGAAAACAAUGAGACAGGAUCAACAGAAUCAGAAAGCCUUUACAGGAAUCGGCCGUUAAUGUCAUGUAUUAUUGUGUAUUGUGUAUUCUCACUUCACAACAUGGCCUACGGCGAGAUUUUUUCAUUAUGGGCCGUGAGUCCUAAAAAGUUCGGUGGGUUGAAUUAUACCACUGACAAUGUUGGCGAAGUUCUUUCAGUCACAGGUCUCGGUCUUUUCCUUUUCCAACUAGCAUUGUUCCCAAAGUUGGAGAGGAUUCUAGGACCCCUCAUGGUUGCUCGAGUUUGUGCGGCUUUAUCUAUUGUGGUUCUGGGAAGUUACCCUUUCAUAGCUAAGCUAUCAGGGGCCAGCCUUUCCUUGUUAAUAAAUAUUGCAUCUCUUCUGAAGAGUAUUUUAUCGACUUCUAUUUUCACUGGGUUUGUCAUCCUACAAAACACCACAGUAUCUCAGCACCAAAGAGGAGCUGCAAAUGGAAUUUCAUCAACUGCAAUGUCUCUGUUCAAAGUAUUCGGUCCAGCUGGUGGUGGUGCCAUCUUCUCGUUGGCCCAAAAGCGUAUGAAUGCUUCCUUUCUUCCUGGCACCGAUUUGGUUUUCUUUAUCCUAAAUCUAAUUUUGGUGAUUGGAUUAAUCAUGACCUUCAAACCAUUUCUCGUACUGCCUCGGCGACCCAGAUAAAUAUCUACGAAGUGAAUUCAACAUCGGUACGAGAGAUGUUUUUAACAGCCUAAUCACUAAGUCAAUAUCGUAGAUGAAUAUUUUUUGUUGAAAGAGCACUGACUUCACUACUCCAGUAUCAUGAAUAGUUAACAGCUUUAAGUGUAAGUAGCCAACUACUGACUUCAGUAGCUGUUGCAUUAGAGAUGGGUAUUCUUAUUUGCAAAAGCCUGUUCUGUAAUUUGAAGUCAAGCUAUUUUUAGCUAGUGGCGUAAUUGCAUUGUUUAACGAUAAUGAGAACCCGUGUUGCGGAACUUGUGGAAUGUUAUAAUCAUCGUGUCAAGAAGUUUCAACUGGCUUACCUUUCGGUAGAUGUA